UUAUUUAUCAAUGACCAAAUGGAACUGAAAAUUGGGGAUUUCGGACUGGCGGUCAAGCUGAAGCCGAGGGAGAAAGAAGUGUGUGGUACUCCCGUCUACAUGGCUCCAGAAGUGUGGAAACGAGAGGGCCAUGGAAGGGAAGCGGACGUCUGGGCACUGGGCUGUGUCAUGUACCAGCUUCUGGUUGGGGAAAUCGCAUUCUACGCUGACGAUUACUGGGAGAUGCUCAAGAAUAUAAAGGAAGCCAAAUUUAUUCUACCGCAGAAUCUCUCUAUUGAAGCUGGGAAACUGAUGGGCAAGAUAUUUAGAAUCGACCCACGGGAUCGCCCGUCACUAUCGAAUGUCCGUCGCCACAAGUUCUUCACAAAGGGCUUCACUCCAAAGACACUGCCAGCUAGUAGCUGCAAUACACCACCAAAGCAUAAAUCAGUCAACCCAUUCAAAAAGAUUUUCAACCGUUUCAUGCGCCUGAUACGAAAAAAGCGAUCCAGAGUUGAGCCUUUACGGGAGGAUGCCGAGCAGAGUGGACUUGAGAUCCCCCAGCCUGUGGAGUCACUCCGUGUUCUAGAGGAUGUCAACAGACCAAUGAACAAAUUGACCUGGUCCAGUUGGUCAAAGUGGUUGAGGGACCUGUAGGCAGGCUGUACUCAGCAAGUGCAGUGACGCCCCACACCUGAGUGCCUCCCCCAGCUCCCUGUCCACUCCUGUUUCAAUAAAGUUCUUUUGUGUUUCAAGCA